AUGGUGCUGCUCUGCAACACCUCCAGCACAGCGUGCAGUGUCCUGGUGCCCCCGGGAGCCCGCACUCUCUGUGUCACCGCUCACAACUCUAAGGGGGCUUCCAGCCCUGCCAACAUCACCCUCAACCAGGGCACCAACAGCCAGGAAGAGUUCCCAGCACCAGUGGCUGUGGAGGUCAAGCCUGAGAACCAGAGCAGGGUGUUGGUGGCCUGGCAGCCCCCCAGCCACAGUGGGAGGUCCCCACUGUGGUUCAUAGUGGAAUGGGUUUCCACCACCCCAUACAGCCUGGAGGAGCAGUACUCUUGGAAGAAAGUCCCAUACCAGGAAGGACACACAUACAUCCCAGCAGAGGCAGGACCAGGAGGUCGCAUCAAUGUGUCGGUAUAUGCAGUCUACCCCGAUGGAGUCAGCAAGCCCAGCUCCAGUCAAGUCCUUCCAGAAGACCAGCUCCUGGAGAACACCUACAGCAGCACCUACAGCGAGAUCUCCCAUGAUGAUGACAUUGGAGUUUUCCUGGGACUGGGCAUCAGCGUGGUCAUGUUAUCAGUUGUUUCUGUAAUUCUGAUGUUUAAAAAAUCAGUCAGAAAAAGAAUCAAUGCCCUGGUUGUGUCGCUCUUGCCAAAAUGGCUGCUUGAAGACAUCCCCCACAUGGAAAACAGCAGUGUGGUGAAGUCGCUCCAGGAAAAGAGUGAUUUCCUGAGCAACAGCCUCCAUAAGCCAUUCUUGGAUGCCAGUGACCCCUCAGUUAUGGAAAUAGAGGAUGUGCCAGCGCACGAGGAGUACAAGAACAUGGUCUUCAGAAGGUAUCCCAGUAGAGAGGUCCCCAAGGAUGGGGAGCUCCAGGAGAGCACAGUGCCUGCCAUCACCAUGCCCUUGGAGCACAUCAGUGACUACAAACCUCAGGUGUCCGAUGGGAACCCACCAGGAUAUGUAGCAGCCAAUAUUUACCAAACACAGCCCCCAGCAUCCCUCCCAGAACCGGAGACAAACCUCUUCUUCAGAGACUACACAAGCCCCUUUCCCCACAUGUGGGACGGGGAGGCAGGGAGACCCCAUGUCUGUCUGCUGGAGAAGAUCAACCUCAUCUUGAAUAACAGCCAGAGUGGGCAAAGCCACACGUUCAGCUCAACCCAGGGGGGACAUAGCUCCCUCCUGGACAGCCAGUGGGGAUGCACACCAGCCAGUGAGGUUCAAGAGCAAAUGCUGGUCCCCGAUGAGCUGCUCUCCUGCCUGCGAGCCACAAAUGGGGAGUCGGUGGAUAUAAAGACCUGCUUUCCACAGAACUUCAGAAGAUUAUUUUGAGAGAAGGUGCAGUUGUGUUUAAAAAGCAUCAAAGCAAUGACCAUGACACGUGUCAGCCUCUGAGACUGCAAACAGCAGAGUCAUAGAAUCCCAGACUGGUUUGUGUUGGAAGGGACCUCAAAGCUCAUCCAGUUCCAACCCCCUGCCACGGGCAGGGACACCUUCCACUAGAGCAGGUUGCUCCAAGCCCCAUCCAGCCUGGCCUUGAACACUGCCAGGGAUGGGACAAACCCCUCAAAUCUGAAAUUCUUGUGGCUGCUGGAAUGCUUUGGCCAGUAAAUCACAAUUUUAAGCUUACCUCAUAUUGUCACAAGCAUGAAACCCAUGUAACUUGGAUUACAAUAAGAACUGAAAUACAAACCUGGUGAUUUUUGCAGGGUGCAAAAUGCUUCAAUUACUAUUCAAAAUCAUUCCAUUGUUAAAUCAUAGAAUAGGUUUGGGUUGGCAUAUUUGGAGCAUUUCAUCCCUGGAGCUGAUUGCAGUUGAAAUGGAUAAAACCAUCCUGAUGGAAAUGUAUGGAAUAUCUUGGGAUCACUCCUAAUGAAGCAAUACUACACCAAGGAGGAUUUCACUACACAGUGAAAUGGCAUUUAUUAGGCACAUGGCAGGGAGUUGGAUCUUCUGACACCCAGGAAAUGAAAUACAGGAGUCUCCUUAACCUACAUAUCUUUACCUAUCUAGAGUUAUGCACUUUAUUAUUAUGAAAUCACUUUUUUUUUUUUUUUUUUGCAGUGGAACUGCUAUAUCUGGAUAUUAGAAUCUUUCCUUCAAUUUUUGCUAGGCUCUCUAUGUGUUUCUCCAACUGCUGUAGCCUGAAUGGAUUUAUUUUGAU